AUGGGGUCUGGGGGUCAUUCUUCCGGGAAGAGGAAGUCAAAAACAUUAUCAUCAACAAAAGAAGGAGAAGUUUUGAAGAGAGCUCCUCACACAAAACCACCCUUCACUCUCGGCGAACUCAGAAAAGCAAUUCCUCCGCAUUGCUUUAAACGCUCCGUCGCUCGCUCAUUCUCUUACGUCUUCUUCGACCUCAUCAUAGCCUCAAUUUUCGCCUAUGUCGCCAUCAACUACUUCUGGAAUCUUCCACACAACCUCUCCUUCUUGGCUUGGCCUUUGUACUGGUUCGCCCAAGGUGCCGUCAUGACCGGCGUCUGGGUCAUUGCACACGAGUGCGGCCACCAUGCCUUCAGCGACUACCAAUGGUUAGAUGACCUUGUCGGCUUCAUUCUCCAUUCUUUCCUUCUCGUCCCUUACUUUUCCUGGAAGCACAGCCACCGUCGCCACCAUUCCAACACCGGAUCCGUCGACCGCGACGAGGUGUUCGUCCCAAAGCGAAGAUCCACCAUCCGUUGGUACACAAAGUACCUUAACAAUCCCGUAGGAAGAACCAUCACACUCUCAGUUACUCUCUUCUUCGGGUGGCCUCUGUAUCUCGCUUUCAAUGUUUCCGGAAGGAAGUACGAUCGAUUCGCCUGCCACUACGAUCCGUACGGUCCGAUUUACUCCGAUCGCGAGAGGUUUCAGAUAUUCUUGUCGGACGUCGGUGUCCUGGCCGCCCUCUAUGGCAUUUACCGACUCGUCUUAGCUCAAGGCCUUGUUUGGACGCUCUGUGUUUAUGGAAUGCCGUUGGCGGUGGUUAACGCACUUUUGGUGCUAAUUACUUACUUGCAGCACACGCAUCCUUCUUUGCCUCACUAUGAUUCCAAUGAAUGGGAGUGGUUCAAGGGAGCUUUGUCAACAAUAGAUAGAGAUUAUGGAUGGAUUUUGAAUAAGGUUCUUCAUCACAUAACUGAUACGCAUGUUACGCAUCACUUGUUCUCUACAAUGCCACACUAUCAUGCAAUGGAAGCAACCAAUGCUAUUAAACCAAUUUUACGAGAAUACUAUCAGUUUGAUGGGACUCCAAUUUACAAGGCCCUAUGGAGAGAGGCCAAAGAGUGCAUGUAUGUUGAGCCUGAUGAUGAUAGCGACAACAAAGGUGUUCUUUGGUAUAAUAAGCUUUAA